AUGGCCCCUCUAGCGUUCGAGCCCAGCAAGCUGGUCGACCUGGACCAGACUAGCUUGUACAUCUCGGCCGCCGCGAUUGCCUUCAACCCUCUCUUCUGGAACAUCGUCGCCCGCCGCGAGUACCGCACCAAGUUCCUGACCCGCCUCUUCGGCGGCCGUGCCCAGAAUGCGUGCUACUUCCUCGCCGCGACCAUCUUCUCGCUGGGCCUGGUGCGCGACGGGCUGUACGAGCGCGCCCUGCGCCACCAGCCCUCGUACCCGCUGCUCGAGAGCCCGGAGGCCAAGUACCUGGCCUACGGCCUGAUCGCCUCGGGCAACGUCCUGGUGCUCUCGUCGACCUGGGCGCUCGGCAUCACCGGCACCUUCCUCGGCGACUACUUCGGCAUCCUCAUGGACCACAUCGUCACCGGCUUCCCCUUCAACGUCACCGACGCCCCCAUGUACUGGGGCUCCACCUGCAGCUUCCUGGGCACCGCCAUCCUGUACGGCAAGCCGGCCGGCCUCGUGCUGACGGCCUGGGUCUGGCUCGUCUACAAGAUCGCGCUGGCGUACGAGAACCCGUUCACGGCCGAGAUCUAUGCGAAGAGGGACCGCGCGAGGAAGGCUGGCAAGAAGAGCCGUUAA